UGGGGUUCAAAAACCCGCCUCCCCUCCCAGCCUCGGGUGCUUGUGUCGGAAAAUGAAGUUAUAAGCUGACUCGUCUCCGCCAUCUUAGUAGAGUAAGCGUCCUGUGAGAGGAAGAUGCAGUCGGGCACUCUCUGGAGAGUUCUGGGACUCUGCCUCUUAUCAGUUGGCGUUUGGGGGCAGGAAGACAAUGAAGAACCUGGUGCCCCACCGAGACCAUAUCAAGUCUCCAUCUCAGGAACCACAGUAGAAUUGACAUGCCCUCAGGAACUUGGAUCUGAAAUAACCUGGGAAAAAAAUGGUAAAAUAUUACCAGAGUAUCAGAACGAGAAGCAGCUAUUACAGAAGGAAUUUUCAGAAACGGAGGACAGCGGUUAUUAUGCCUGCUACACAGGCACCUCGAAGGAAGUGAGCCACUAUCUCUACCUGAGAGCAAGAGUGUGUGAGAACUGCAUGGAGGUGGACGUGACGGCGGUGGCCACAGUCAUCAUAGUCGACGUCUGCAUCACCCUGGGCUUGAUGGUGCUGGUUUAUUACUGGAGCAAGAAUAGAAAGGCCAAGGCCAAGCCUGUGACGCGAGGCAUGGGUGCUGGUGGCAGGCCCAGGGGACAAAACAAGGAGAGGCCACCACCUGUUCCUAACCCAGACUACGAGCCCAUCCGGAAAGGUCAGCGGGAACUGUAUUCUGGAUUGAAUCAGAGAGGCAUCUGAGGACAGACUGUCACGAACGCUGCUUCCCACUGGUCUGGCUCCUCUCCCGGCACCCUGCUACUCCCUGUCCCCUGGGCAAGUCUUGGACCCCACGAGAGGAUUGUUCCUGGACCGCAUGGUGAACUCAUACCCUGCAGCCUUGUCCCCAGCUCCCUCCUUCCUGCCUGCUCUGCUGGUGCCUAGUCCUAGGACAUUGCUGCUGCGUUAUCCUUUGAAACAUUAUUGCUAGUUAUGCCACCACACUUGGCCUGCCCCUCUUGUCAGGAUAUUUAUUUCUGUUAUUCACUCCCUGCCAACUCCUCCUGUCCCCCAUGGAUGUUACUUCUCCCUUCAGCUCCCUCCUUUUUCUGUAUAUAAGUUGUCCUCCAUUCCAUCUACCUAUUUUUCCUGCUCUCUCUUUUGCAACCCUCUCUGGGGAUGGACUAGGUAGAUACUGGCAGAGGUCCUGUCUCACUCACAGAUCCUGCCCAGAGCCAGGCCCCUGCUACCUCCCCUUGUCUCCACCUAAGCCACUGCAUGGCCAUUUGCAUCUUCAUAAAUGUGCUGGCUGCUCUCAGCUGGGAGAGAGAAAAUAAAGUGUA